AUGCGUUGGUUUACCUUCGUUUCUUCGCUUCUUGCAGCGACUGGAGCCUAUGCCGCCAAAGGCACCAUCUGGGCGACGCCCCAUGAGAGCUACUCGUCAUCUGUCGGCGUCCUUGGCUGCAAAGUCGACACAAACCGCAUCGCUUACUGGCCCAACUCGGUCGACUGCAACAACAUAUGUGUUAAACUCAAGUACGAGGGCCGCGAGCUGACUCUCCUGCGCAUCGACCAGUCUGAGGGCGCCCACGAUAUCAGCUACUCGGCCUGGAACUAUCUCUACACCGGCUACUGGGCCACUGAAAAGCCAGCUGUCGGUGGCCCCUUGCCGAUGGAGUACGAGGAUGUGGACCCGUCCCAAUGCGCUGACAUUAUCAAGACCAAGGACCACAAGUUGCCGCUCAGCGCCUCCAACAGUAUGAACUUUCUGGCUAGCUGUCUCGCCACAGAUACCUGGGUUGGCAAGAACUACCAGCUCUAUAAUAUCCUUGACCCCAUCUGCUCCUGGGGCCACAAUGAGAAGUGCAACCUCGAUUGGCCUAACAACAACCAGGCCAGCUGCCCCCAUCAGCUGGGCACCCCGGCUGUCUUGACUGACACGCCGGUCUACAACGUCCAGUAUAUGACUGGCAAGCUGGUCCUUGCAUCUUCUGGGCAGGUUGUCGAUGGGACAGGUGCCCAGCCGGCGGACAGCGCAGCGUCGACUGUCACGCCCACCCUGCCACUGCCAUCUUUGACAUCUCUGCCGACGCCACUGACGGUUGUCGUGUCGCAUUUGAAGCAAAACAUGGGUGGGAGAUCCUCGCAGGGGAACAAGGUCGCAAUGAUGACGAUGGGCUUCUUUUCGUACUGGCUGCUUUAUGGGUUAUGGUAG